ACCAGUCGGUCGCUCGGAGCGCAUCGUGACAAACAGCCUGAAAACCUAUGGAAAACAUCGGCCGCGAUCGAUCCACACUCCGCACCGAUCUCUAAUUUCGUUUUUCACUUGCUCCAAUACCACUGUGCUUCGUCGAACUCAAGCUCAAAAUUCAUUUGUGCUUGCGACAUUACGAACUAUCGUACCAGUGACACCUAUUAAAUGUAAAGAUAUUUCAUAAGAAUUCCCGUUAUCGACAUAUGAAUUGUUAUUAAGACACUGAAUGAGGACUGUGAAGUUUCAUGAUUGUGGUAGUGAUUUAGGUUCCUAGACAAUUGGUUUCUUAAGAAACGACCAUGUGCAGCAACGAGAGCCCACCGCCGGCCAAGGAGCCUCUAGCCGUCGGUCUGGGCAACCCCAUGACAGGCUUCUUGCCUGGACUGGAACACUAUAGACUCCAAUUGUACCAUUACGCAAUGGCUGAGAGACUGAGGCUGGCUCAGCAGCUGCAUCCUCAACAUCCAGGCGUGGGGCAUCCUCCAUCCAGUGCUCCAACACAUCUAGGAAUAGGUCCAGGGUUUCCUGCGCCGCUACCAUUAUAUCCGGCUGCAGCGGCCGCUGCCGGAUAUCCCAAUCGGUUAGCUCUGUCCAUGGCUCUUCUUCAUCCUCAUCAUCAGCGGAUACCGGAAGAGCCCAAACCUCAACAUAGUUACAUUGGUCUUAUCGCCAUGGCGAUCUUGUCCUCGCCAGAGAAGAAACUCGUACUAUCGGACAUUUACCAACAUAUAUUAGAACACUAUCCUUACUUUAGAACACGAGGACCAGGCUGGAGGAACUCAAUAAGACAUAAUUUGUCACUGAACGACUGUUUCGUUAAAUCAGGAAGAAGUGCUAAUGGAAAAGGUCAUUAUUGGGCCAUACAUCCAGCGAAUCUAGAAGACUUUCGACGGGGAGAUUUCAGGAGACGCAAGGCUCAGAGGAAGGUGAGAAGGCACAUGGGUCUAGCCGUCGACGAGGAGCCAGAUAGUCCAAGUCCACCUCCUUUACCAGCCACGCCACCUCCUCCAGCUACUUUAGGACCUCCAGUGGCUUCUCAACCCAUACCGGGAAUCUGGACGCCGCAUCACCAUCAUCCACACCAUCAACAGCAACAACAGCAGCAACAAUCGUUCCAGAGUCAAACUCUGAGGCAGUCAUCGACUUUUCAACCUUCGAGGAAGAGACAGUUCGACGUCGCGAGUCUCCUUGCGCCUGAUGACCAGCAUCAGAUAGAGUCCGAUCUCAGGCCACAGAAGGCAAGAAGGUUUAGUUGCAGUGAGGAUGAGUUACAUGAUCUUCAGGAGCCUGAUCAGGAUGAGGAGGAUGUUGAUGUGGAUGUUGUGGCUGAGACAAAUGCUCUGCCGUCGCCCAACACGCCGUCGGCCAGUCCUGAGGCUAAGGUCAUCUCGACGGCUGGUCACUGGACCAAUCAGGGCAUUCAGAGUGGGCAGAUUUCGGGACUUCAUAUUCAGAGCCAUCUGCAAGCGAGGAAUUAUUACGUGCCGGCAACCUCCAGCAAUGGGUCCAACGUUUAAUGGAAGAUUUCGCGUUUAUUACUCGAGUUCUUUCUGGUUCGAGACUAAUCGCAGACUGUUCGAGGUGGUUGGAGGAUUGUGAAGGUGAACGAUGCUGAGACUAAGCGACGUGUAGAGGUGGAUAAAGAGGUGAUGGAUAAGAGGUCGGGAAUUCUUUUGAUGGACGGUUUUUGGCCUUUUUUUAUGUAGUUUGGAGGGUUGGUAUUUGAGAAGUUUUGAGGCACAGUGGUCCACGAACGAAAUUUAGAAUAAAAUUUAACUAGAUGAUACGAGAAAGGGAACGAUUGUGGAUUGUGAAUUGUGGAUUAUUAUGCACGCUCGUUAUUUUCACGAGUACAGCAGCACUUUGAUUAUUUGAACCUACUGCUAAUUUAUACUGUUCGCAUAAUCGAAUAACUUUAUUUUCAUAUCAGAGAAAAUUAUUUAUUUGAUUACGAUUAUGUUUUUACUUUAGUAAUUAUUUUAUGAAUGUUGAUAUUAGAUAGAAAUAAAAGCUUGCGAGUAGAAGUGCCAUAAUUUCAUCCAAUUUCUAUUUUCGUUUUGCAAUUUUUGUUGUCAGGGACCAUUCCUAAAUUUGUCAUUAGUCGCGAUGUUCGAAUAAUCGAAGUUCUGCUGUACAAGAAGUAUAGAACUGAAAUAGAUAUUUAUUUUACCCAUAAAAAAUUCGAAAAUAUUAGAAAAUUUAAAAUAUGGACUAAAAUUAUAUUUUUGUUUUAGAUAAAUUGUAUAUUUUUGUGUAUUAAUGUAUUAUUUAUAUUUUUGCACUUUAAAAUUUUGCAUAAAUGAAUAAAAAUUCAUAAUUUAGUAAUAAUCUUUGGUUUACAGAUUCUUUAGGACGAUUUUUCAAUAAAUUUAGCGAUCUUUGUAUUAAUAAAUUUUGAUAAAUUAAAAAUAAACCAAAGGGUAGAGAAUUAAUCAUUUUAGUCUGUAGGAUAAAUUUUAGUUAUCUAUAAAGAAGCAAUAAUUAAAGAUAUUUAAUCCCGAGAACAAAAAUUUACAGAAUUAAUCAGAUUUUGAAUUGUCUGAUUUUAAAGUUAUAUCGUUAUUCAACUCUCGAGUGUCAAAUGUGACAAUAAAAUUCAUUAAAAAGUCCCUACUCCAAUAUCUUUUCAACGUACAAGAGUCAUUAGUAGAAAAAUUCGGAAUUAUAUCACCCGAGUAUGUAUAUAUUUUAAGAUUCUGACUCGAGUAAAUCCAAUUUAUUUUUAAAGCAUAAAAUUAGUUAGUAUAAAGAUCCAAAAUUAUUUUAAUUCUAUGCUCCAAGAAUCUAAGCCAUGAAAUUUCGAUUUUGGUCCAAUGUGCGUCGCUAAACUAAGCUGGUGCUAACUAGUCGUGCCAAAUUGCAAAAUUGUUUUAGUUCCUUCGACUAUGCCAAUUCGAUCCUUCACGUUGUAAUUAGAUUAAUAUUUAUCUAAUUGCCUUUGUAAAUAUACGUAUGGCCGAUUUUGUUUAUUUGGAAGUAUGCGGCGCAAUAUGUUGUUUUCACGUAUUUUUGGAUAAAACGAACGAAUUUCCCACUUCUCCAUUAAUUGGCUGUUCGAACUGAUGUCCCGUCGCUUCCGGUACGAAUCACGAUGUAUCUUUCAGUUCGAGUCCGAUACUUGAAUCCACGUAUCGUGCAACACGUGUUAGGGAAGAAUCUAUGUGUACUAUAUAAAUAUAAAUGUAUAAGAAUACGUGUAGUCGGAGAUUUUGAGCUUAGAAUUCCAUUAUUCGCGAAUGAACAUUAAGAUGGACGAUUAAAAGAUAUCGUACUUACUUCCUUAUAGAUAUGCGUUAAAGUCAUUCAAAAGUUUCAGCACUUCUCACCUUUUUUGUAAAAUUGUGAGACCUGAAUUCUUUUUAUUAAAUUAACGAGUAAGUUCGUCAUAUAGUUUUAUCAGUCGAUAUAAAACUACGUGGUAUUUAUGGUAAACACCGCAAUUAAUUAUGAAAGCAUUUUUAAAUCAAAUAUUUAAUUUAAACGUUCUUUACUUCCAGUCCUAAAAUUUUCUCGUUAAGCUACAGUUAAUUGUCAUAGAGGGUUAAAAUUGUCAAAAAACGUUUCAAAAUGCAAAGAUGAUAACGAACGUCCAUUAAUUAUGAAUAUUUGCGUUGAUAGUGGAUUCUAGCUUGGAAACUAAGGAAUUCGUGUAAAUAGAAGAAGGAUGCCGCAAAAAAGAAGAUAAUGUGUCUCUAUACGUAAUUUCAUACGUUUUUCCGUAACUAUGAAAUUCCAAUGUGGGGCAUUACAUCAGACUGAAAAGCAGACCCGCCUGUUCAAAGUGUAAUAUACGAACGUUCGAAGGUUUACCGAUAGUCUCGUCUUUAUUAUAAUCCAUAUAUCGUCUCGAACGAUAUACACGAUAUAUGAAGAAUAUUAUUCUGUGCAACUUCUCGCCCCUUCUGUAUGUAUGUAUAUGUACCUAUGUAUACGUGCCUACGUAUAAUUGAGAUGUAUCACAAUUAACAUACAAACAAACACAACACAUGCAAACGCGAAUAACUAUAAAUUGAACAUACACGAACAUGAACCAUGAUAGACAGAUAGAUCGCGGUUCUUACGAUUUGUUCGUAAAUGAAAAAUGGCAAAUGACUAAAAAUGGAAAGAAAUAUAGACGGUUUUUUAAAGAUUACCUCAAGUAACACAGAUACGUGGUCGAUCUGUCUUUCUUGAUUCUCAGCGCGGAACUGCCGCAUCUCGAUGCAAUUGAUGCUGAAUAAAGUUUCUGUUCCCAUGAA